AGGUCUCCUCAACAACAACGUACGCCCUGGUCGUUUCAUGAAGAUCAACUACUUCAACAUGGCUACGAGCAAGGGCUAUCCUGGGCUAUGAUUUCGACUCACUAUCUACCUCAUCGUUCUCGAGGCUGCUGUUGGGGACGCUUCAAGACAUUACAAGCCAAAUCUCUUGAACAGCGAGAUUGGACUUGCGUACAAGAUCAGCUAUUGUUUAUGGCUAUUAAGAAACAUAGCCGUUUAUUUAAACAGGCAUGGAAAGCAGUAGAGCAAGAAUUAAAUGUGGAUUGGAAGGAAUGCGAAAUGAGGUCUAUAAAGAUA